GAUGGAGGACAGGACAGGAGAGGGGAGGGAGGGAGAGGAGGAGGUUGGUGACACACAUCAGGGUUGCUGUUAAUAGCACAGACAAGACCAGAAUAGCAGGGCGUCGCAGGAGGUAAGCGAGUCCCUGUCUCCAGCAUCUUCAUAUCUGAAACUCGAGUCGGGCAGCACAAAACCGCACUGAAACUAACAAAACACUGCAGUUUAACGCAAGUGCAGGUGAGCCAAGAGCAACUUAACUGGUUGAAGAGCAAAUGUUACAAUAGACAUCCACGGCUCAGGUAAAUGGUGCAUGUAUAACUGAAACAAUAAACGACUAAAGGAACGUGGGAAUACAGAAACCUGAACACCACACACUCUUGCACCUCUCUCUGUCCUCGGGACAACAGAGACCAGACAUUUGGCUGUCGAGAGGAGUUCAACCAGUCUUUGGGAGUCUGGCCCAUUUGGGACUCCUCCUUCAUCAUCGACCCCCUCCUCCCCUCCCCUCCCCUCAAGCACAUACACACCCCCUCCUCCUUUUCCUCUCUUCUGCCGCUGCUCCGCUCGCUGCUCCCUGCACAGCCGCAGUCCACGGCGAUGCGCCGUUAACGGCAGAGCCGCUCCGCGCUCUUUUCUUCUUCCAUCAUCCCCGUUUUCAGGCAGAGAGGACCAGCAUCCCCCUCCCCGGGUGCGUCUCUGUCCCCCGGCGCUGCACCGUCCUUAUCAAUAACAUGGAAAUACAAGACUGCCGUUCUUCCAUCUAGACGGAAAGUCUCACCUCACAGAGUCAAGCAUCCUUUCGCUGACGUGGAGCAGCCACUGUGUUUUUCUGAUGUAAGGUGCACAGGACGGGUGGCACAAUGAGUGAAGAACCACCGGUCACCCCCAGCUGGCUUACCCCUGACCCCACAGCAUGGGCCAGCGGAAGCGGGGGGCCGAUGGACAACAGCACCAGCCUGGGGAUGUUUCCACCAGAGGACUCCCUGCCACCCAGCCAGCUGCCCCUGCUGGUCAACCCCUGGGACAUUGUGCUGUGCUCAUCUGGGACUCUGAUCGCCUGUGAGAAUGCUCUGGUGGUGCUGGUGAUCUGGCAGAACCCUGCGCUGAGAGCCCCCAUGUUCCUUCUGAUCGGAAGCCUGGCGCUGGCCGACCUGCUGGCCGGCCUGGGCCUGGUGCUUCACUUCACCUGUGCCUACUUGCUUCGUUCCGACUCGGCCCAGCUGCUGACUGUGGGCCUGGUGGUAGCCUCCUUUUCCGCCUCCGUCUUCAGCCUGCUGGCCAUCACUAUCGACCGCUACCUGUCGCUCUACUAUGCCCUCACCUACAACUCAGAGCGGACAGCGGCCUUCACCUACACCAUGCUCGUGCUGCUGUGGGGCCUCUCCCUGUGUCUGGGCCUGCUGCCGGUCACAGGGGUCAACUGCCUGGCAGAAGAGGCUACGUGCAGUGUGGUGCGGCCGCUGACGAAGAACAACAUCGCCGUGCUGUCCGUCUCCUUCCUGCUGCUCUUUGGCCUCAUGCUGCAACUCUACGUCCAGAUCUGCAAGAUUGUGAUGCGCCACGCUCAUCAGAUCGCCCUCCAGCACCACUUCCUGGCUGCCACACCCCACUACGUCACAACACGAAAGGGCGUGUCAACGCUGGCCAUCAUCCUGGGUACCUUUGCGGCCUGCUGGAUGCCAUUCACUGUCUACUCCCUCAUUGCUGACUACACCUACCCUCCACUCUACACCUACGCCACGCUGGUGCCUGCCACCUACAACUCUGUUAUCAACCCAGUCAUCUAUGCCUUCAGGAACCAGGAGAUCCAGAAGGCGCUGUGGCUGGUGUGCUGUGGCUGUGUGCCUGCCACGGUGGCCCAGCGUGCAAGGACCCCUAGUGACGUCUGACCAAGCAGACCCAGGUGGGAAGAGAGAGGCGCCCUGGGUCAGCUCUGCUCCUCACUGGGUCUGUCCAGUGUCACAGAGAGCAGCAGCAGGGGAAGUGGCAGAGGGCUGUGGCUUCAGCUCUGGCUGGAAAUGUCACUGGCAGAGGCAGUUUGGUUAGUUAUCCACAACCCACCUGGAUGGAUGGCAUUUUUUUCUUUGUUGCAAUCACCAUAGGGCAAAGUAUCUCACUGUCUUCCCUAGUAAAGGCAGCCACUGCGCGGGCGGCAUCCCGCCCCCUCCUGUUCAACCCGUGCCACGCCCUUCCUCUGUUCUGCAGAGAGCGCUAGGUGCAUCACAUGUUACAGGCAGCAGCUGUAUAUAGAAUGUGCAUAAUAGUUACCAGCACCAGACCUUUGGUUGACACGUGCUUGUUUUUGUUCAAAUAGAGGGGGAGGAUUAUUGGUUUGCGCCUCUGUGCGUGCGUAAAAGCGCACGGCAGAUUAACAAAGCAGUGUGUGCGGUGAAGAGAGGAGAGGAAGGGAGAGCGCGUCCGCGGUUGAAUACGCAGGCAUUUCCACAGUGAAGCCCGUCUGGAGCAGCAUCCCGGCGCUCUGCUGCUGCACUCUGAACGUGCGUCGAAAGCUAAACAGCCGCGGAGAGCUAAAAAUAGACCCGGUGCUCUCUGAUCCGCGCCCUGCGUCCUCCACAGACGCCGAGAAAGAAAUCAAGCCGCUUCUUCUCCUCCUCGCCUCUCCCAUUUUCUGUCUUCUUUUCCCUCUGGAUUGUGCGCGAAUGUGUUUUAUUUGCGCUUGCGUCUGGGAGGCUCAAGACAAAGCCCUAGGAGACCCCCACCAUUAACCCCUUCUCCUCCACCUUUUAUUGGUAUGGAGGCACCAAACCUAGGCCUAUAAGCCUAUCGGAUUAUGUAACCACAUUAUAUCCCUCCUCUUUCACCUUUUGAGUCGAAAUUGCUUUUUGAAUGUCAGGAGGUUGCUUUAGAAUUUCACUGCUGUUUAUUUGAAUAAAGGCCACGAAUUAGAGUGAUAGGGAGCCUAAGGUCAUUUUAAAAUGAAUAUGAAAUAUAAUACCCCUAAAUGAAUCCCAUAGCAGAUUAAAUCAACAUGCCUAUGAUGAAAUCAAAGCAAACCUAUAGACAAAAGCUUACAUGGUGUGUAUACUAAAGUAUACAAGGGAUGUCUCUGCAAAAUCCUGAAUGUAAUUCCAUCUAUUUGAUAUUCUUUGGCUCCCAAAGAGCCUCACACCGACCACAUUAUAUCUGAUCUGCAUGCUAGACUUCAGUGUAAUUUGCAUGCAACGAGCACAGAUCCACUGUUUUCCCGCUGAGUUCAGUGAGGUAGGUCACAUAGGCCACUGGAGGCAAUGUGUCAUGGUACCCUGAUGUCAUCAUGACCCUAAAAAUUUUGUUUAUGUACAAUGUGCCGCAGUGUACUUCACCAGCAGAUACGAGCUUAGAUGUCUGCUUUGAUCAUGCUUUGAGGUCAAUUUACUGUAAUUUAAUAGGAGCCCAAGUCACAACCCCCCACCAGCUGCUCUGAGUUAGUUAUCUGUUAUCUCUUGGUCUCAAAAGCAGUCUUCUGAUUCCUCAUUCAUACACAUCAUGUCAGCAAUAACUAGCCAACGAAUGGUAGUUAUUUUUUAGAUGUGAAGCAAUACUCAGACAGCAAUAACAUCCACGCCUCCACCCCCCCCUCCCAAUGACUUCUUCCUGUAGUGUUGAAGCACCAUAACGGCCCCGCUCGGGUGGGGAUGUGUUGUAGUGAACAGGCUCAAGUGAUGCUUCAGUGAUACAUCUUCGAAUGGGUGGUGGGGUAAUCACUCCUGGGCUGGAAAAAGUGGACGGGAUCAAACGACUCAUUUGUCUCGGUGACACCGCUGCCUCAUUCUUCCACAAUGCUUUUUCCAACCCAAAAUCAGGCUUUGAUAAUUUCUCACACUGGGAUGAAGUUUUUUUUUUGUUGUUGUUGUUGUUGUUGUUGUUGUCGUCGUUGUUGUUGCCUCUGCCUUUUGUGAGCAUAUGAACUGUCCUGAGUGUCGUAACCUCAAGUGUCAGUGUGUGAUCUGGGACUGUGUUUUCGUGCAUACGGUAUGAGUUGCAUGGCCUCUGGGUGUGUGCAUGUGUGUGUCCGUGUGUGUGUGUGUGUGUGUGUGUGUGUGUGUGUGUUUGUGUUCCAGCAGCUCAGCAGACCGUAAUCUGUCUCCUUGUGUCUUGUUUUUGUCGAGGGGGUGGGGGCGGUCUGAGAAAUACAAAUUCCUGUUGACCCCCUGACCUUAAGAGGAUAAUGCUGCCAGUCUUCCUGUCAAUUCUGAGAGAAGUGGCCUCGUUACGUGUUUGUAGAGCUUUUUGAAGGGAGAUAGGACUAGGAUGUGGACGCUCCAGCACUUCAAGCCAAAGUGAAAGGGACUCUGAAUGAACUGGGGUCCUAGUCCUGCUGUGUGUUUUCUGUCUCCUUUAUAUCACUAAUACUCUACUCUACUUUAAAUCAAUCUAGUCUGGUUGAGGCAGGUGUCCGUUAAGUGACCUCUGAAUGAUUCUAUGAGCUAAAAAUGGCCACUUCCAAUUGCAAAGAUAAUGCUUCUUCAUUCCUUCCUUGCUGCCUCCCCUCUCAGUAAGCCCAAUAGAGGUAUAGCCCCCGGUCUUCGUCUUUCUGACCUCAGAUCAGGAAAGCAUUAGAAUAAAAGGGGGGAUGAGAAAAAGGAAAGCUGAAGAAUAGCAUUUCUGAGCAUUGGAACGUAGGCUGUGUAUGUGAACUUGUGCACAGUGUCAGACUGAACCCUGUAGAUAUUUGAUGAGCACCAACAGGUCAGGCUGGCACACCACAAACCAUCACAAACUCUUAUUCCUUUACCUUUGGAGAAAAGUCUAUUUUGUUAUAUUCAUUGAAAAGUUCUAUUUUUUUCCACUUUAGUCUGGCCUGAAUUCUUUCAGAUUCUGAUGUUGUAUGAUAAUAAUGGCGCUGUAAAGCCUUUUUCUGAAUGUAGUAAUAAUCAAAUUGUUUAUCUGAUACUCCCUCCUCUUGACUCAUUUGUUUGUGUAAAUAAGGCAUGCAUAAGAGGAGGGACUUUAUACCACCGUGCAUGGUGCUACCAAAGCCAGUCAAACUAGGGGAUGAGUUGGGUCGCACCAUUUUUUUGACUGACACUUCUCCACAUCAGCUUUUAAUGUAGAAUUUGUCCUGUCAGGAUUCACUUUCCUCACUUCAAUAUGCACCAGUUUGCAAAGGCUGGUAAAUGGACGAUUGAGCAGAUGGGGCUACACAGAUGGAGGAUGUUUGAGAAAAAAAAAAAUGGUAUGAGACUUUCUCUGAUUGGUGAAUGUUUUCCUCCUCUCGACAAUAUUGUUGAGAUUUUCACGGUUGAGCAGGUGUGAACAAGGGCUUUGUAUCCAAGAAUAGCUAAAGACUGUGAUGUUGGAUGUAAUACUUCUCUGUAUACACACACCUGCUUAUCUACUGAAUGGUUUCACAGUGUAACGGUACACAGAGAUGUACAAAGCAACUGGGGUUUUUGGGAAAACGUGUGGCCGAUAACGGGCUGUUCAAGUGAGGAGGUGUGUUUCUGAUCGUUACUAAUCUAGAGCUAAAUAUCAAAACACUCAAGGGCCUGUGAAUGUGAGUGUGUUUUGGGAUGGGGUUUGGAGAUAGGGGGGACACCGCAGUAACAGCAUCUUGUGUAGACGUAUGCGUAGUUUUCAAUGUGAAAUGCACUUUAUUUUUUGGAUGAAAAUGGCACAACAAAUUAAGUAUCUGCAAAAUGAAACGUAUUAACGAUAAUCAACAUGCACUAACUUAACUGAGAUAUUGUAAAAACAUUUGUGUGAACGUGGUGUCUAUUUUUCCAAGGUGUUAGUUGUACUUUUUAUUGCUUUGGUUAGUUAACUCAAUUGAGAGAUCUUGUUAAUUUUGUAUUAAAAACAAACAUGUGCUGUGCAUAAAA